AUGGAGUUGAGGAUUAUUUCUGAAUAUUUACUUCGUACCGGAGUUUGCGCCGUGGAUACGACGACAGAAUGGUCUCAGGAUGUCACGAUCGAAGACAAAAACCUGAUGAGCUCGGAAGAGAAUCAUAGCACCCUGCAUCCCUUUCGUUCCAACGGAAUGGUCAGUUCGGCAUCCACAGUCGCUUGCUCUACCCCUUCUCCUUCGCAGUCAUCGCUGGCGCUCGUGGUGACACCUCCUCCGUCAGGUCUGGUGGGAACCCCCCAGGCGCUUGGAAUCCCUGCGGGCAAUAACGCCUUGCAGUUACGUCCUUCAGAGGCGUGCAUCCCUUGCGAGAUUUGCGGCCGUAGGUUCCGGAGUGUUGCCGAUGUCCGUUCUCACAUAGCCGCCAUACAUCUCAAGAACUCUGAGGAUCCUGAGCGGAGAUUUCAAUGCGAGUUCUGUCCAUUUCGCGCGUACACCAAAACGUCGAUACGUCAGCACAUGUUCUUGCACACCGGUGAGGUGCCCUACAAAUGUGAUCUGUGCAGCUACGGAGCCAGACAGAAGUUCCAUUUAGACAGACAUCGACAAAAGGUGCACGGGAUGGCUCCCACGCCGAAACGAGGUCGCUUCCCCGGACGACCCUCGAGCGAAUUGUCAAUCCUACCCGUAGGACCUAGCGCAUCUCCUCCUGACAACGGAUCAGGCGGCCAUAACGGACAUUCGAGCGAUCCCGAAAUGCCUGUAUUCCCACCAGUGUUCCCUUCGAUGCUCGAUCAAAUUAGACUCGAUCCGACGGCUAUGAACCUUGCAUCCAACCUGUUCAACAGCGAGAGCUACAUUAAGAACUUAACCACCAUCGACGAUGAUUACAAACACAACAUCAACAACAACCACAACAACCACAAGUACUACAUCCACAACAAUUACUAUUACUAUAACUCCUACGAUUGCAUCGACAGCAACUACUACAACUACUCUUAG